AUGAUAGUUUUCAUCCGUCUGGUUUUCAAUCGAUCAUCACAAAGCUUCACUAGUCGUUCGAUUUCGUCUUCAUCGCGGAAAGUUAAAAGAACAACAUUUACACUUACAAGGACGACCAGAGAAUCAAGAAAGGGAAACAGUGGGGAAGUUGGAGAAGCCUUUGCCAGACACAAAAAGGAAGAGGCUGCUGGGAAAUGGAGAGAGGCUCUCAAAGAAGCAGCUGAUCUGGCAGGGUGGGAGUUGAAAAACACUGCUAAUGGGCAUGAAGCCAAAUUCAUCAGACAAAUCAUUGAAAAGCUUUCAUUAGAGUUACGGUCCAUUAAGGUCUGCAUUGGUAAAAACUUAGUAGGCAUGGAGACCCGGAUCAAUGAUAUUAUAUCAUCUUCAGGAGUGGCUUCUAAUGAUGUUUCCAUGAUCGGGAUCAUAGGGAUAGGAGGUGGUGGGAAGACAACUUUGGCCAAAACUAUUUUUAAUAAAAUAUCCUUUCAGUUUGAAGGCAAAGCUUUUAUUGAGAAUGUCAAGGAAGUUUCGAAUGCUUCUUUGUCCGGUUUGGAGUUGUUGCAAAAUAAAGUCCUUUCAAAUGUUUUAAAUGAUAAAGGCAUCCACGUAGGCAGUGAAUGUGAGGGGAAAAACAUGAUGUCAUGGAUGAUGCGCGGUAGAAAGAAAGAGACAGUCAUAAUAGCACUUGAAAGCCGUGGAUUUCAUGCUAGAAUUGGGUUAAGGGUUCUUGAGCAAACAUGUCUCAUAACUAUUAAUGAUGAUUUUGAUGAACGUGUGGGCAUGCAUGACCAUUUAGAAGAAAUGGCCAAAAAUAUUAUUCGUCGUUCGCAUCCCGAUAUGCCUAACCAGCACAGCCGAUUGUGGAAUUACAAAGAAAUUGAAAAUAUAUUGGUGAAUGACUUGGGUACUGAAGCAACAAAAGGCAUUCACUUCUUUCCAUUGAGAUUCAAUGCGAAAGUUUUUAUGAAUGGUCUUAGAAAGAUGAAGGAACUGUGGUUUCUUGAUGUGGUAGAUCUUCACUUGAAUUUGGAGAAUGAUAAACUCGUGCCAAACUUUUUAAAUGCUUUAGGAUUUCUGUGUUGUAAUUGGAAAUUUAAUAAGGUCAGUCUAUACUUUCCAAAUUCUUUACGAUAUUUGCAAUGGUACAAUUACCCUUUUAGGUCUUUACCCGAAACAUUUGAAGCAAAUAAUCUUGUCGCGCUUCAUAUGGCUAACAGCGGUAUUGUACAACUUUGGGAAGGGGGAGAAAGAAAGGUUUUUAACAAGCUCAAAUUCCUUUUCCUCAGUGGUCCAAAGUUGAGGUCCCUUGACCUUAGGUUGGCUCCAAAUCUCGAGACGUUGAGGCUUCAACGAUAUGGUGGUUUGGUAGAACUUUACAUGCCCAGGGAAUGUCUAAAACUCAGAUCUCUUGAACUUUUUGAUGUAAAGUUGCGGACCCUUGACCUUGGGCUGACUCCAAAUCUUGAGAACUUGUUGCUUGUAAGUGGUGAUAUGGUAGAACUUUACAUGCUUGAUAGAUGUCUAAAUCUAAGAUCCCUCAAUGUCGAUCAUUCAAAUUUGAGGACCCUUGAUAUUGGGCUGACUCCGAAUCUCGAGUAUUUAGUUCUUAGAAGUUGUUAUGAUCUGGAAGAACUUCACAUGGCCAACGAAUGUUUAAAGCUCAGGUCCCUCUAUCUUAGAGGUUUAAAGUGGAGGACCCUUGACCUUGGGCCAAGUCCAAAUCUUGAGAGGUUAGAUCUUCAUAAAUGCACCAGUCUAGAAAUUUUUCGCAUUUAUGAAUGCCCAAUACUCACAUGCAUCGACAUCAGCAAUUUAAAGUUGAGGACCCUAGAUCUCAGGCGGGUUCCCAAUCUCAGUAAGUUAUCUCUUUCUGAAUGCAAAGUUUUGGUAAACCUUCACUUGCCCCAUAGAUGUCUAAAUCUCAGGACCAUUAAAUUCACUAAUUCAUGGUUGAGGAUCUUUCAUCUUGGGCAUACUCCAAAUCUCGAGGAGUUAGAUCUUGUGAAAUGUGAUUAUUUGGAGGAAAUUCAAGUGGUUGAUGAAUGUAAUAAGAUUGUAUCCCUUGGGCUUGACCAUUUAAAGUUGUGGACCCUUGACCUUGGGCUAACCCCAAAUCUCAAGAAGUUACAUCUUAAAGAAUGUUAUUACUUGGCCCAACUUCAUGCUCCCAUGGGUUGUUUAAAAAAUAUUGUGUACUUCAACUUAAAUGGUUGCUUGGGGUUUAGAUCUUUAUUUUUUAACAGAAGGGAUGAUACUUCUGGUAGAGUGCAUGAAUCACUUGAGGUUGGUCCUUUAGCUGAGUUACAUUUCACCCUAGAAAGAUGCCCACUUCACCCUGACAAUAAUUUUCCAUACUUUGAGUUUACAUGUUUUCAUAAGGAAGAUAUACCCUCACUGACUAGAGGUAUUGAGAAGCUUAUUUCUGAGGGUCAGUGUGCUUGCACAAAAUUUGAGACGUUUUCAAGAAGCAUUUGUGGGCUACAGCGUUAA